AUGAUGGAAAAAGAGCUUGAACGGAAAAUAGAAAUCAAAAAUGCGUUUAGGAUAGGAUACAAGAAAUGUAUAAUAGAAACAAAGAGCUGGGAAGACAAGCUGCAAGAAAAAGGUAAGCUCAGAUACACACGAGACGGUAGAGAAAUAUAUACAAAUGCAGCGAUAAGGUCCAUGGAAGCAAAGAUAGAAAAAGAAAUCAGAGACAUAGCAAAACAAAAAAGAAGAAAAAGAAUUUGCUUAGAAAUUUGA